AUGCGCAUCACUCCUCUUCUUCUACUUAUCUCUCAUGCGGCACUGCCCGUCACACUGGCCGAGUGGCUUGAUCCGCUCUCCUAUGUCGACCCUUUGAUCGGCUCUCAAGAUGGUGGCAACGUCUUUGCCGGCGCGACGCUGCCCUACGGCCUCGCCAAGGCUGUUGCCGAUGUGGACGGCCAGAACACGGGCGGCUUUGGCCUCGAUGGUAGCAACGUAACGGGCUUCUCGAGCGUCCACGACAGCGGUACUGGCGGCAACCCGAGCCUGGGCAACUUCCCGUUGUUUCCACAGCUCUGUCGUGGCGACGACCUAGACAGCUGCAUGUACCGCAUCGACGAGCGCAAGGUACACUACGUCAACGACUCGAUACGGGCGUUCCCAGGCCACUUUGCCAUCAGCCUCGAGUCCGGUAUCCAUGCCGAGAUGACCGUCUCCGAACACGCGGCGCUCUACCGCUUCACGUUUCUGGAGGGCGACGCGCACCCGCACAUCAUGCUCGAUCUGACGGACUUGUGGAAGAGCCGCCAGAACGCAACGAUCCGCGUCGAUCCCGGCACGGGUCGUAUGACGGGCAACGGGACGUUUCUGCCGAGCUUUGGUGCCGGCUCGUACGUGAUGCACUUUUGCGUCGACUUCUUCGGCGCCGACGUCCAUGACACGGGGGUAUGGGUCAACAGCCGCGCAGGUACCGACCCGAAGGAGCUUUAUGUCACGCGCGGUUUCAACCUGUUCUACAUCGAGGCUGGCGGCUUUGCGCGAUUCACGACUGGCAAGGACCGCACGGUGAUGGCGCGUGUCGGCAUUAGUUUCAAGAGCAGCGAGCAGGCCUGCCGCAGCGCCGAGGCAGAGAUCAGUGAGCCGCUAACCGACUUUGAUCGGCUCGUCCAAGAGGCCACGGAGAAGUGGCGGGCGAAGCUCAGCCCCAUCCGAGUCAAGAGUGGCGGUGCGAGCGAAGACCUUCUGAAGAGCUUCUGGAGUGGUGCAUACCGGAACAUGAUAUCACCGCAGAAUUACACGGGCGAAAACCCGCACUGGGAUAGCGGGCGGCCAUAUUUCGACUCUUUCUACUGCAUAUGGGAUGCGUUCCGCGUCCAACAUCCGUUCCUGACCGUGGUGGAUCCAACCGCGCAGGCGCAGAUGGUGCAGACGCUCCUCGACAUUUACGAGCACGAUGGCUGGCUGCCCGACUGCCACAUGUCGCUGUGCAGCGGCUGGACGCAGGGCGGCUCCAACGCGGACGUGGUAAUUGCCGACGCGUACCACAAGAAUCUGUCGAGCGGCAUCGACUGGGAGGUAGCGCUGCAAGCGGUGCUUGCCGACGCCGAGGACGAGCCGCUCGAGUGGUCGUUCCACGGCCGCGGCGGCCUGCGCAGCUGGCAGGCUCUCGGCUACAUUCCCUACCUAGACUACGAUCCGCACGGAUUCGGGACCAAUUCACGCAGCGUCUCGCGCACGCUCGAGUACGCCUACGACGACUACUGCCUGGCCACCAUGGCCGGCGGCUUGGGCCACCGCGACCUUGAGACCAAGUACCUCGAGCGCAGCUACAACUGGCGCAAUCUCUGGAGAGCGGAUCAGACUUCCUUUAUUAACGGCUCUGACACGGGCUUUCGUGGGUUCUUCCAGCCAAAGUACCAGAACGGCACGUGGGGCUUCCAGGACCCGAUCGCCUGCUCAGGGCUGGCGAGCUUUUGUUCCUUGACGACCAACCCGAGCGAGACGUUCGAGGCUAGCAUCUGGCAGUAUCUAUUCUACGUCCCCCACUCGUCCGGCGCCCUUGUCGAGCUCCUCGGUGGUGACGACGCCUUCAUCAAACGCCUCGACUACUUUCACACAGUCGGGCUUGCCGACAUCUCCAAUGAGCCCGUUUUUCUAACUGUGUAUAUGUACCACUAUGCUGGACGGCCGGGGCUCUCGGCGCGGCGCAUCCGCACCUACGUUCCGCGAUCCUUUAACGCGACCCCAGGUGGGCUGCCCGGCAACGACGACUCAGGCGCCAUGGGCUCCUUCUUCUUCUUCUCCGCCCUCGGCCUGUUCCCCGUCGCCGGGCAGAACGUGUACCUCAUCAGCACACCAUUCCUCGAGGAGGUCAGCGUGACGAGUCCGCAAACAGGGCGGACGGCGACGGUGCGGUGCAGCAACUUUGACUCCAUGGGCAAGAAUAUAUAUGUGCAGAGCGCGACGGUGAACGGCGCGCGGUGGACGAAGUCGUGGAUCGGACAUGAGCUCUUCACGAAGGGUUGGACGCUCGAGCUAGUGCUGGGAGACAAGGAGUCGAGCUGGGGGUCGAAGAGGGAGGACCGGCCACCGAGCUUUGCGAUGAAGACCGACCCCGGAUUGGCGCUCAGAUACUAG